CACACACACACACACACACACACACACACGCAUGUAAACUCUGGAAUCGAGCAAUUUCAAUGCAAGCUGAGUGCAUUUGUUGAUAAAUGCUACGACUCAUAUCACACAAAUUGCAAAGUGUUAAAGGAACAAAGCCUUUUCUAACCAAUAAAUUAUCCAUUCCGUUUGCGAGGAAGGAAUACAAUAAAAUGGUAAAAUAUUUAAAUCAAUUAGAAGCUAUAAACAUUGACAAAGAUUUAUUUGAGAAGUAUAAAUUCAGUGUUGAUCAACUAAUGGAGCUGGCUGGGCAAAGCUGUGCCAUUGCAGUUGCCAAGUCUUAUCCAUUAUUGGAAAAUUCUUCAAAUAAAGUAUUAGUAUGUUGUGGACCAGGCAAUAAUGGUGGUGACGGUCUUGUCUGUGCAAGACAUUUGAAGCAGUUUGGAUAUUCACCAGAAAUUUAUUAUCCAAAAAGGACAAGCAAUACAUUGUACGAAAGACUCUUGCAUCAAUGUAUGGAAAAUGAUAUUCCUAUUCUAGAAAAUCAAUAUAUAGAGAAAGCAAUGGAUUUGACAAUUUUACACAAAUAUACAAUCAUAAUAGAUGCUCUUCUUGGAUUUAGUUUCAAACCACCAGUGAGAGAACCAUUUGUCUGCAUUAUUAACAUGUUGAAAAAUACCACUAUUCCUAUUUGCAGUAUAGAUAUACCUUCUGGCUGGGAUGUCGAAAAUGGUCCAUCAGAGGAAGAUGCCAUAAAACCACAAAUGUUGAUAUCUUUAACAGCACCAAAGAUGUGUGCAUCUAAAUUUCAAGGAAGAUUUCAUUAUCUGGGUGGACGAUUUGUGCCUAAAAAGCUAGAAUCGCAAUAUAAUCUCAAUUUACCAAAAUAUGUAGGAACAGAUUUUGUUAUUCAACUGCUACAAUAAAUGCUCAUAGAGUAAUAUGUUCACAACUGUAUAUUACAAACUUAUAUAAUAAAUUUGUAUAUUCAAUAAUUCGAUUAUUUUGUAUCUGAUUAUCUCUUCUCCCUGCUUAUCUUGCUGGAAAACAAAAGAGAAAAAAAAAGAAAAAACUUAUCCCCUGUCAAGCCGUAUUAAGGCAUUUUGCUCGUGGUCUAAAAUGAGAUAAGUAUA